UCCCUCUGUUUUAAGAUAUAUCUGUAUUUAUCUCCAUAAACCUCCCGUACCUCCCUAUCUCCUCCUCUUCACCUCCACUGAGCUCCAUCUAUCCCCUUAUCUCCCUUUAAUUCAUACCUUUCAAUCCCAACCGCUCCCCUCCAUCUGCCUCUCUGUGCUUUACUCCUCCCUCCCACCGGCCUCCAUCAUGGCUCCAGAGUGCCGGUUCUCCUGGUUCUGCUGCCUGCUGGUUCUGCUGGUUCUCCCCGCCGCCGUCCGGAGCUCGUUCCCCCGCAGUGGAGGCAGCAGCAGUGUGGACUGUGGGCCCGGGAAAGCCACCGACUGUCCAGAUCUGUCAGAGAAGAAGAGCGACCUGCGAGUGUGUGACGCUGGGACGUGUCGCUUUGGAGGAACCUGCCGCGAGAAUGGAGCCGACAUAAAGUGUGUCUGCCAGUUCCAUUGUCAUAAGAAGUACAUCCCUGUAUGUGGGUCAAACGGAGACACGUACCAGAACGAGUGUUUCUUGAGAAGAGCCGCCUGCAAGAAACAGAGAGCUAUCACCAUCAUGUCAGAGGGACCGUGUUACCACGAUGGUGCUUCAGGAUCUGGUGAUGGAGAUGAUGAGGGCUCGGGUCGCGGUAAAAAGGCCUCGAAAUGUGGAAACUGCAAGUUUGGAGCUGAAUGUGACGAAGACUCUGAAGACAUGCUCUGCAUGUGUAACAUUGUGUGUAACGGCCACAACGAUAACCCAGUGUGUGGCAGUGAUGGCAUCACCUACGACACGCCCUGCCAUGUCCGCGAAGCUUCCUGCCUCAAACAGCUCAAGAUCGACAUCAAACACGUGGGACGUUGCCAAGAUAAAAGCAGGAAAGAUGACAGCAUGAAGACCAAACCAGACAUCUAUGCUGUGUCCAAGCCUGGUGAGGGUGAGGGGUUUGUGGACAGCCACACCCCCUGUCCUGAAGACUACGCCCAGUUCUGUGAACACGGCCAAUGUGAGAUGAGACACAGCCUGCCCACCUGCAGGUGUGAGGCAGCUUAUGGUGGUCCUCAGUGUGAUCAGCUUCUGGACUUCAACAUCCUGUAUGUGGUGCCCAGUGGUCAGAAGCUGCACUACAUCCUCAUUGCUGCUAUCAUCGGAGCUGUUCAGAUCGCUGUCAUCGUAGCUGUGGUCAUGUGCUUCACCAGGAGGUGCACCAAGACAAAGCGUGGGCGGCGACAGAAGCAGCACCUUGGUCACUUCCCAUCAGGAACGUCCUCUAGGAUGAUGUAGCUGCUCUUCUUCUGUUUUUGUUCUCUCUCUCAUGUUUUUACAAAAUACAAGUUUAAAUUUUUCGUACCACACAGACUGACUACAUUUUUGAUAUCUCGACUUUUUGGUGCCUCUUUUUUUCCCUUUUUUAAAAAUUAUUUUUUUGAAUUUCUGAAAGGGGCCUUAUUUUGAAGAUUUUCCUCCAUGUUUGAUUUUUUUUUUUUUUUUUUGGUCUGCAGAUGAUUUUAUGUUUCCCAUCAGGCGGAGCGAAAACGUUUGUGUUUGUCGUGACGCUGCCGUCCUCUCAGACUCUGAAACACUGUGGAUCCUCCGGCAGGAAACUCGAACCUUAUUUUUCUGAUUGUAUCUUCACUUUGGACCGUCCACAUACAAGCUGGGAAAAACACAGAUUGUCCCUUUUUCUUUAAGCCCUGUGGGACGCAGGCUGAUGCUGUAUUUUUGUUUGUCUUUAGAUUUAGUCAGGAUCAUGGAAGUAAAAGCUAUUUAAUACCCAAUUCUGAAAAAUUUAACGACAUCCUGAAAACUUAAUGAUGAUAUUUAAAUAUGACAUCUAGCUGAAUGUUCGGGGUUUAGAUUUCCUUCUUUUUCUCAAGCUCUACAAUUUCAAAAACUCAGAUUUCAAGAUUUUUUUUUUUUAGUUCAGUUAAGUUCAGUUAAAAAAAUAAAAUAAAAUCUGCUGCUGAAAUUUGAUUGAUUAAACACACAUAGUCUCUCUGGGUUUUUAGCCAGGAAUAUAGAUUCUGGAAAUUUUGUCUGGGAUUUUCAAAAUAAAAUGUUAUAAAUUACAAAUUAAGUGAUAUUUAAAUAUCAACAUUAAGUAUUUACCAAUGAUUCAAUAUCAGAAUGAGGUAUUCAGUUGCUGAGUUGCUUGAUUGAAAUUACAGUUGUGAUAAUUUUUUUCUUCCAUAGCUGGAGUAUGCCAUCAAUAUGAAAAAUAAAACAACAGAUUUGUUUGCUUUUCUUCGUUUUCUCAUAGUGGGAACAACUUUUCUUUUUCUGUUUACUUUGUGUAAUGAAAGCCUUAAUACUCCAGGGGGCGAUGUGUACCAGGACUACAAGAUUAUCAGGGACCACUGUAGCCCUCCUGGGUAUUGUUGCUGAAGAUGAAUCUGAUGGCUUGUAUUCUGUUUUGCUGCAUCACACAGGGUCAAAAAUCAUUUUUCAUGCCACCCAGAUAAACUUUAUUUUACUUUUUUUGUAUUUGUAACGAUGAGACGCACCUAAAAACCAAAAUGCUGUUUUUUCUACUGCUUAAAAACUGAUAAAAAGUACCAGCUGACAUGUACAGGUUGUUUUAAUUAUUUUAUUGCUUCAUUUUCAGAUGGCGCCAUUCAGGAAUGGAAUCCAAUGGUUUUUAUUGUGUGUUUUGACAAGCUGAUGAUAAUUUAAAAUACUUUUUCUUAUGGUCGAGUUUUUUUUCUGUUUUUUUUAUAUAUAUAAUUUGUGAUGAUGGUACGAAGUGUUCGUGUUGGUCGUUUUAUUGUGGUAGAAGGAGUAGACUCAAUAAGCUGCGAGGUUCCCUGAAGUAUUGCUGCACUGGGAUCAGAUAUAAUUGAAGCUGAGGUCUCGGUCCUGUGACGCCUGAGGGAAUCCAGGCUGAUUUUGCUGUAGAUGUUGCGUAAUGCAUGAACCAGUUGAAGUUGUUGUUUAGAGCUGUUCUGUAGUUGAACUAGAAUUAAAUUAUGAUGUUGGAAACCACAA